CACUAUUCUUACUUGAUCUAGCAGCGCCUACAAGGGACUCACCACCACCACCACCACCACCACCACUACCACCACCAUCACCACCACCAUCACCCCCACCAUCACCACCACCAUUUUAUCUAGCACCGCCUUCAAGCGAAUCAGCACCAGCACCAGCACCAACAGCUACAGUCCCAGCACCCACGUCACGCCAUUACGAUCUCCAGCUUCAACCAAGCAAACAUCAUCACAAGCACCUCCAAUAGCACCAAAACCCUUUUUUAUGAAAUCAGUAGCACGACAGUUAUCGGCACAAACGGCCAAGCCAUCAGUGGAGUCUCUACCAUCGCCUGAUGAAUCAGUGGUGACACCGCCAUUCGAAGACACACAAGAAGCACCAAACCCACUGGCAACAGCAUCGUCAUCCAAACCACCAACACCACCAACAGCGACUCUACCAACCCACCACCUACACCACCAGCAACACCAGAACCUCCAGCUGAACCAACACAAUGGUUUCCAAUCUCCUGCAAUGACGAUCCAUGAAUUGGAUUCAAUUGACUUGAGUACACUUGUCCCCCAGAGAGGCGUCUGAGUGUCUCUAUAAUAAUCCUCUUAAGUUUGACAUUCUAUGUGGCCUUUCGGACUAAUUAGCAUAUCAGUGGAUCAUAAUGACAAGAUCAAUCUUGCUGUGACAUGUCAAACUUGUCUUAGGAUGUCAGUUAAGUGUAUAGAUAGGUACAACUAGUAUGUCAGUCCUUCGGUCAUGUAAGCUUUCCAAAGUGCAAAGACAACAUAACGGAUGAUGCUCGCUAACGAUAAGUCGGGCCUGGAAAGUUACCUCCCCUGACAAGGAACGACUAAUACGCCGACGUCAGCAACCGGCAGGACUGAAGGAAGGCCACUAUUCUAACCCUGUUCAAGUGGCCGAACCAUUUAGUAAUUACCAAUCAGUGGUAGCCAAGGAGCUGGAAGCCCAAGAUUGGUUUUCAAUUACUUAGCUACAUUGGAUGGUUUGUUCACAUCCUUCUGAGACGGUUACAGUCAGCAAAGACUUGGCAUAUGUGUGCGAGUGAGUCAGUCUAUGUGGCUUGCGAUAAGUGUUCAAUUGUUUGGACAUUAAAAAGGGUUUCACCGUGUAGAAUAUGCCAGGCAUACAUACAUUGAUUUGCUUUUUCAUGAUUGCUGCACUUAAAUCUUCGCUCACUGUUUUUUUUUUUUUUUUGGCUGCUCGUCUCUAUGUGAACAUCUAUAUGAAGAAGUAAACAACACACCUGGAAAUGUAUGUUUGACUGCGUUUUUAUGUGUAUGUUAUUUACACAAUGGAUCAGAGAAGAUGUCUGCAGGAUUUCUCAUCCAAUACUCUAUUUCUCAACCUUACCCAAAACCUAAGACUGUUUCCUUCAAAAACCUUCCUGUCAGCUCAAAUGACAACCGAUGACAACCCAGGACUUAUGCCAGUAAAGAAAAAUGUUAGUAGCAGAUACUCACUUCGCUGUAAGUUUAAAAAGGAAAUAUUUUGUUUGUAAUUUUUCCCAAAAAAGCAAACAACAUUGUUUGGUUUAGUUCCGUGAUUUGACUCGUGUAAGUCAUCGUGAUGACCACGAAGCAGCUGAUCAGGAAAUGUUUCGAGGCUGUCUACACUCAAUCUUUUCCUCAUUUUGCAAAUUAAAACGUCUUGGUGUGUUUGAUUCCGUGGACCAUAAUUUUAAGAUAAUAAAUUUUUGCUGUGUAGAUCAUCCUUCAGAAAUGGUGUGUUUUAAGAGAAUUUACCGAAAAAGAUUCUUCAUUAUUCUGCUUGUGACUAUGUUUGCUCAAUUCCUGAUGAAAGGUGAAUGCCUCUCAUUGGACAUACAGAACGAACUACCAACGUUCACAUUUCUGGAAGGUCCAACGUCAGAAAUUAUCUUCCACGUCAAUAACAUUACCGAUGAAAUUAGACUGUAUGUAUUCAAAGACGGACAAAACAAGAGUUCUUCCUGCAAGCUUCUACUGACACAGACUAAAUGUGAUACACAUGUUGGAUCUUGCCAGUGUGUAGCUACUUCAAAGGAAGGUCGAGUGGAGUUCAUCUUUCAGAAAACAGUUUCGUGUCCAAGACAGCGGCGUGUGGGUCUUUGAAGUAUGGAACACAAACAUCAGUAAACAUGUCAACAUCAAUGUACAAGGAAACACUACGAACACUUCCACGAAAAUACUUCAGAAACUACAAAAAAUUCUGCAGACAAGUUACAUCGCAGAGGUGACUUCGUCUCGAUAGCCAUCAUAGUCAUUGCCGCUCUUAUCAUAGUCAUCGCUGUCUCGUCGAUCAUCGCCGUAUUGUGUGGUCCGCGUUUUCUGAUGAGAAACGUCUGUUGUCUUUUCAUGAAAAGCAGAGGCUUGCGGCAAGGACAGCUUCCCGUUUCAAGUGCUCGAAGUUCACAAAGCUCCGUGUCACGUGACCGACGUCCAGCCGAAGAGGAUGUUUCUCAACAGGAUUCAGACGACGCCCAGAGUUCGAGAGAUGGUUCCUUGAAGGAAGAUGUAGCCUUUGUCAACCAAAAGCACGAUGAGACUGAAGCGGACAUCAUCAAGGAAACCACUACGUCAUCAUCAUCAUCAUCAUCAUCAUCAUCAUCAUCAUCAUCAUCAUCAUCAUCAUCACAACAAACAGUAGAUACGACACCAACACCACCACCAGCACCACGACCUAGGCUAAAGCCACCAUCACCACCGACACUACCACUACAACAAUCACCAAAAGCACCAAAAGCAUCUGUUCCACCACCACCACCAAAACCAACAUCAGAUGAACAACCUAUACCGACAGAAGGACAACAACAAUUAUUACAAGUAUCAAAGCAGUCAGAAAAACCCUCGCCACCUUCACUGCUCGGUCUGGAUCCUCCAUCAAGCGAAUCAUUGCCAGCAUCCGCACCACCGACACCACCACUACCGCCCAAAACACGAGAAUCUCAACCAGCAUCACCGGCAGCCUCAGGGCGACAAAGACCACAAGCAUUGAAACCUUUAAAAUCGUCCACGCUACUACAGCCACUACUUGGUCUGGACCCGCCAGCAAAGGAGUCAGAAACAGCUCCAUCACCACCAGAACUGCCGCCUAAGCUUCUAAAACCUGAACAAUUAUCACUAGAACCUCCUAUAGGACAAUCAGAAGGGAGAUUACUGCAGGAACAGGCAACAACAAUGAAACCUGUUGACCUGAUGUCAAGGGUUAAAGAGUUGUCACCUCCCACAGUACCACCUCGCACUCAAGUAAGUUCACCAGAAACACAGACAACCAGCAAACCCGCUGUAGAGCACAAACCACACCAGGUACCUCUACUGCCGCCACGUGAAUCAACACCAGUGCUACCACGAAGAUCACCAGCACCAGAACCUCCAUUACCAGCACCAACGCCACCCAAACCACCACCAACACCAGGCGCACCAAUCAAACCACCACCACUACCGGUAUCGUCACCUAAAGCAUCACCACCAGCUCCUCCACCAAAGCCACGGGGAGCAAGAGUGUCUCCAGACUGUAAAGAACAAUGGCUGCCACCUCAACUCUAAUGUCUGCUGCAAAGAUCUUAAACUGAAUUUUAAAAAAAAUAAGUGAACGCGAACAACAGUCACUCACGUGACCUUUCCGUGAAAAAAAUAGAAGAAAAAAAUACGACGAAAUGAGAAAAUUUAGCAGCAGCUAUCUCUGACCCUUUUUCUUGUUAAACAAAAUAAUCGUCUUGUU